UUUGAAUGGUUCACAGUCACAGCGUCAUACAAAAAGAAGGAAAAAAAACGCAUUUUCCUUCCCUCCACUCCCUUUUUGUUGCAGAUGGAGUGAGAACAGAACAAGCAAAGGGAAAACAAACAACCAACACUGACACCAAGUGUAAGAAACACACGCACAAACAGUUGGCGUGCCUCUUCAUGACUGUAGUUGUUGCGUUCAUAACUCAUAACGUGGAACGAACUAACGAAUAUUACUAUUUAGUGGGAGAGGUAUAGAGAGAGAAGGUGAAUGAAUCGGGGUUUGGUUUGGGCGUUGCUGCUGCUGCUAUGCCUUUGGAAACCCCUGAAUCUGAUAUGUAUCAGAGCAGCAUUGGCGCACACCGCCUCGCCUACCGCUCUCACAUAUCCAAGUUGGUAAAAGCCGGUCUCAUCAACCACGCCAUCCACCUGUUCGACCAAAUGACCCAAUCCAAUUGCCGCGUCUUCAGCGUCGACUACAACCGCUUCAUCGGCGUCCUCCUUCGUCACUCCCGCCUCCACCUUGCCCACCACUACUACCGCCGCCACGUCAUCCCUCGCGGCUUCUCCCUCCUCCCGUUCACCUACUCCCGCUUCAUCUCCGCCCUCUGCUCCUCCCCCAACAACCUCCCCCUCAUCCAGGACCUCCUCUCCGACUUGCACGCUCUCGGCUUCGUCUCCGACAUUUGGGCCUUCAACACUUACCUCAGCUUCUUGUGCCGCCACAAUCGCUUAGAAACCGCCCUCGAACACUUCCACUCCAUGCCCUCCAAGGGGAGAGAGCCCGACGUUGUUUCUUAUACUAUUAUCGUUGACGCGUUGUGCAAAGCUCAACGCUUCGACGAGGCUGCUAGGGUUUGGCGUGGUUUGACUGGUAAAGGGUUGAGCCCUGAUUACAAAGCCUGUGUUGCUAUUGUUGUUGGUUUGUGCGGUGGGGGCCGCGUUGAUUUGGCCUACGAGCUUGUUGUCGAUGUGAUCAAGGGUGGGGUGAAGGUUAAUAUCUUGGUUUACAAUGCUUUGAUUGAUGGGUUUUGUAGAAUGGGAAGGGUUGAUAAGGCGAUGAAGAUUAAAGCGUUUAUGAGCGGCAAUGGCUGUGUGCCGGAUUUGGUUACUUAUAAUAUACUGUUGAAUUACUGUUGUGACGAGGGGAUGGUGAGUGAGGCCUCGCGGUUGGUGGAGACAAUGGAGCGGAGCGGGGUGGAGCCGGAUUUGUAUAGCUAUAAUGAGCUGUUGAAAUGUUUUUGCAAGGCUAAUAUGGUGGACAGGGCUUAUAUGAUGCUGGUUGAGAGGAUGCAGACCAAAGGACUGUGUGAUGUUGUUUCGUAUAAUACUCUUAUCACAGCAUUCUGUAAGGUGCGCCGUACUAGGAGAGGUUAUGAGUUGUUUGAAGAGAUGUGUGGGAAGGGGAUUAGGCCAGAUAUGGUGACGUUUAAUAUACUUAUUGAUGCCUUUCUAAGAGAAGGAAGUAUCCAAGUGGUUAAGAAACUGCUUGAUGAAAUGACAAGGGCGGGCAUUCUUCCUGAUCGUAUAUUCUAUACUGCUGUAGUUGAUCAUCUGUGCAAGACUGGAAAGGUUGAUACGGCUCAUAGUGUUUUCCGUGACAUGGUGGAGAAUGGGGUAAAUCCGGAUGUAAUCUCUUACAAUGCACUUGUAAAUGGAUUCUGUAAGGCUUCUAGAGUUAUGGACGCCAUGCGUCUAUAUGAUGAAAUGCAGAGGAAUGGUUUGUAUCCUGAUGAGGUAACUUUCAAGUUGAUAGUUGGAGGGCUUAUAAAGGGGAAAAAACUUUCUCUGGCCUGUAGGGUUUGGGAUCAGAUGAUGGAGAAAGGCUUAACACUUGACAGACAUCUUUCUGAGACUCUAGUAAAUGCCAUGCAAUCAAGUGAUGGCGCAUGAACAUGGCUCUAGUUUACGUUGUUAUCCUCUCAAAUUCAUCACAUUUUUCUUUCAAAUGGGAAACCUGACAUAAAACAUUUUCUCUGGAUACAAUGUACCAAAGCUUAGCAAAAUCGACUUCAAACAUUUUCGGCAGACCAGCUUCUUGUAAAGGAUCCAGACUGAGGGCAGUGCUGUAUAGGUUUCUUGCUACCAAUGGAAGUAGCGGCUUCUUAGACCUUUUUCUGGAGCAGUAUCCAAGUUUCGUUUGAUAUUGUCAACAAACUGUUCAGUUGGCGGAUUGCAUUUGUCAAUUCAAAAUGGAGCAUUCAAUUAUUUUUGGGCCAUUGUUAUACAUAGAGGGCUGUGGCUUUGUUUCUAACUCAGCAGCACAACUGAUAUCAGUAAUUGAUGAUUUGGUUGAAAUCAGUCUAGGAGCCUAUUCAAAUCCCAAUUUUUUCUUCUGAGUUCAUGUUGAAGAGGCAGGUUUGAGUUAUUCUUAUGUUGUCUGCUAUUUUAGUAAAUCCUUCACCAGUGACAGCUCAGUUCAGACUGAUUGGCAGAAACAUCAAUGAUGAAUGCCGUAUGUCAUUUUAUGGAACUAACUAUUAUGGUCCUGUUUCAUCAAGAUGAAGUUUGUGGUUGCAGAGGAUAAUUUGAACAAUGAAGAUUUACAUUUAUUGGUGAUUUCAUCUUGUUGUGACCUGGGCCCAGGUCCUUGUUGCCUAUCCUAGUGAAUUGUUGAACAAUGAACUCAGGUUUCAUACCAUUCUGGAGCUUUUGUUGACAGACCCUCAGCUUCUUAUUAUUUGAGUAUAUGUCUGGACAUAUGUGACUUAGUGGAGAAUUGUGGGUGUGGAAAAAAGAUUCACUAGGUAGCCUUGUUAGACUUCAAGAUUCAAGUUUGUUAGAUUCUGGGAAACUGAGAUUGGCACAAAUUAUAUAUUCUAAUUUUGGAUUAGCAUACAAGGAUACGUAAUUCUAGGAUUACACAUUUAUAUAAAAUUUUACAUGUUUGACCUUUAUUAGCAUUAUUUUCUGGUAAAUUAUUAUGAUGCUUGUGCCUGUGUCUGCAGCAUGGAA